CGGGCAGCAGCUGCCACCUUCGACCUCCGGGCCCACGCUGCCAAGCUCUGCCCCUCCCCCCCCGGGCUGUGCUUGCCAGGUCGGCGCCCGGGCCCCGGGCGUGCGUGUGCGCGCGUGCUCUUGUGUGCGCGCGCCCGCUCCAGCCUCGGACCCGCGCCCCCUGCCCGUGCACGACCGCCCCGGGAUCCCCGCCCGCGCGCCGCGUCCUCCGCCGCCGUGCCGCCACUCGUGCACCCCGCCGCGCUGUGCAAGAAGAUGGCGGGAUCGGUGGCCGACAGUGAUGCCGUUGUGAAACUAGAUGAUGGGCAUUUAAACAACUCCUUGAGCUCUCCAGUUCAAGCCGACGUGUACUUCCCACGACUGAUAGUUCCAUUUUGUGGGCACAUUAAAGGUGGCAUGAGACCAGGCAAGAAGGUGUUAGUGAUGGGCAUCGUAGACCUCAACCCAGAAAGCUUUGCAAUCAGCUUGACCUGUGGUGACUCCGAAGAUCCUCCAGCUGAUGUGGCAAUUGAACUCAAAGCCGUGUUCACAGACCGGCAGCUACUCAGAAAUUCUUGCAUAUCCGGGGAAAGGGGUGAAGAACAGUCAGCAAUCCCUUAUUUUCCAUUCAUCCCAGACCAGCCAUUCAGGGUAGAAAUUCUUUGUGAGCACCCACGUUUCAGAGUAUUUGUGGAUGGACACCAGCUUUUUGAUUUUUACCAUCGCAUUCCAACGUUAUCUGCAAUCGACACCAUAAAGAUAAAUGGGGACCUCCAGAUCACCAAGCUUGGCUGACAUUUAAACCACCUCUAUUUCAAUUAGGAUCAGGUGCCACAACUAUCUGACUGUCAGUCUGGAAGAAGUGUCCUAGCAAGAUCUGGAGACUUAAAAAUAAAACAAAUGGCAAGCUUUACUGUCUCUUCUUCCUGUGCAGUUUAAACCCACAAUGACAACUUCAACCGUGGAUUGCCGUUGGGAAGCUCUGGGGACA